GAUAAAGAUGGAGAGAGGGAGAGGAGGAGGUGGCGGAAGGAGGAGUGUGGGGGGCUCUGGCCUGCACCGGAACAUAUACUCCCAGUCUCAACAACAGUAUCACUAUCCUGCCUCCUCUCAGGGGAGCUGCAUGGAGAUCCAGGAGCUAGCCUCGAAAAGGGUGGACAUCCAGAAAAAGCGAUUUUAUCUGGAUGUAAAGCAGAGCUCCCGAGGCCGCUUUCUGAAGAUAGCGGAGGUCUGGAUAGGAAGAGGCAGGCAAGAAAAUAUCAGGAAAAGCAAACUGACUCUCUCCUUAUCCGUGGCUGCUGAGCUGAAGGAUUAUCUGGGAGAUUUCAUAGAGCACUAUGCCCAUUUGGGCCUUAAAGGUGGUCAUAGUCAUAGACACGAACACAGUAAUGGUAAAGAGCAAGAUUUGAGAAGGCGACAACAGCAUCAUCUGUCUUCUCCUCCAGCAUCUGUUGAAUCAGAAGAGCAUCCUCACAGUGUCUUGAAAACUGAGUAUAUAGAAAGAGACAACAGGAAGUAUUAUCUAGACCUGAAGGAGAAUCAACGAGGACGUUUCUUAAGGAUUAGACAAACCAUGAUUAGAGGACCGGGCAUGAUAGGUUAUUUUGGCCACAAUUUGGGACAGGAACAGACUAUUGUCCUUCCAGCCCAAGGGAUGAUUGAAUUCAGGGAUGCUUUGGUCCAGCUAAUUGAAGAAUAUGGGGAGGGAGAUAUAGAAGAACGAAGAGGUGGGAAUGAUGAGCCCCUUGAACUCCCAGAGGGGACUUCCUUCAGGGUGGACAACAAGCGGUUCUACUUUGAUGUAGGAUCUAACAGGUAUGGCAUUUUUCUGAAGGUAAGUGAGGUGAGACCACCUUACCGUAACACCAUCACUGUCCCAUACAAAGCGUGGACAAGGUUUGGGGAAAACUUUAUCAAGUAUGAAGAAGAAAUGAGGAGAAUUUACAACAGCCAUAAAGAGAAAAGAAUGGAUGUCACAGGUGACAGUGGUGAAGAACAAGAGGGUCUGGAAUAGAGUGCAUUUGAACUGGUCAUCAAGCAAAACAGAAAACCAUUAAUUGGCUUGAGGUAGUUUGAGUAUUAGCAAUUUGAAGAAGUUGCCCCUCAUUUUUUGUAAGUCCUUUUCCUGUUGUUAGUAACAUCUCCAAAUAUAUAAUAAUUCUGAAGUCUGAUUACGUUAAAUGACACCUGACAUCUCUGUAAUCUUUAUGGAAAUAUCAGCUUCCCAAAUCUAUAUGAAUCAGCUGCUUCGUAUUGAAGACUAUGAAAGUAAGUGUAUCAGCACAAAAAUCUGACUUUCUGACCUUUAAAUAGUCUAGAUGAGGUACCAAAAAAGCCAGACUUACUUUAUGCUGAAAAGUAUUAGUUUCUGCUAAUGACAUGUUUUCCAGAACUAAAUAUUGUCUAUUCUGAGUUUAAAGUCUGAAAAAGCUUAAUUACAGGUCAUUUUCCACAAAAAUUGACUUUGUAUGAAUUUUAUCUACUUGUAUGAGGAAAGAUAGAAAUUUUAAAACAACGUCUACUAGUUACUGAAUUUUAAAUAAUGGUUUGUAUGGUUAAAAUCUUGAUAGCAGGUCAAGCCUUUAUAAAGGAUUGUCAGAGUGAAAUAUUAAUUUCUUAACCUAAUAAUUUUGUGACAACCAAAUAAUUUGAGUGCCACAAAAAAGCAAAACUGUGUUUAAAUUGUGAUGGGUUAUUCAGAAUUAAUUAAAAUAAUCCAUUCUUCAUCUACAUACUACACCACACAAGGUUGAGGAUUUUUAAUGUGUUCUCAAUUUCAAAAACUAUUUUUGUAUUGUUGAUGGUUUGGGGGUUCUAGUAAGAAGCUGGAGAGUGAGUAUUUUGGUGGAGGAAUGAUUGUUCGAAGGGAGUUUCUAGGGUUUCCUCCCAAAUGUGCGAGUAACACAGGUAUAAUGUUAAUAGUACAAUAUAACGAUAACUUCUGGUUUUGUCCUUUCACUUUGAGAAAAAAACCUUUGGAAGAUUUUGGUGCACCACUUCAUUGGUAUAAAAAUGCUUCUCUAACUUCAUACUUAUUGAAAAAACUUAAAAAACAAUGAAUGGUCCUGCAAGGUACAUUGUACCCUGGACUCCUUACACCAUUUGUCUGAAGAAAUGGGUUGUGCCCACAAAAGCUCAUGAUACCAUCUACAUUUUUUGUUCUUCUCUAAGGUGCUGCAGGACCAUAAGUUGUUUUUUUCAGUUACAGACUAACACAGCUACCCCUCUAAGACUUUCAUAUUUAUUGGUAGCACAUUUGCAAUGCCAUGAUUAAAGCUGUGUUAGCAUGUGCAUUAUAAAUUAUUAAUUUUAUAGGUUUUAGUGUUCCAAGAUAUAAAAAAAGUAUCACCACCCAAAUCAUGGUUUUAAUCAUGUAGUUGAGUGUUCAUGAGGAUGAGCUAUCUUUUAAUCAAAAUGGUAAAUUUUAAUCUGCUCAAGCACAUUUAUCUGCAACCAAAAUUUAACCCAGUCUUAAGUUUAAUCUACCCCCAUGCUUCAAAUCCACACUAAAUUCAAACAUCUUAAUAAGUCUUUGAUCUGACAUGCUAUUAGUAAUAUCAAGAAUGGCUUUAUGUGGGGAUUAAGUGAAUAAUCUGGCCUUUAUUUGGGUGCUAAAUAUGAUCAAUUAAACUAUGAAAAAGUGUGCACCAAAGUCACCAAAGAACUAUUAGGAACAUAUUACACCUGUGACAGAAAACAACAGAUGUAAAGAAGUUAAUUUCACUGUUUUAGGUGAUCCCCUUAGAGCUAAUAACCAGUUGGUAUGGUGUCAAAAUAUACCAUAAACUAAUCACUAAUGUAUUGAUUGAUGUUUCAGAUAUUUUCUUAUCCAAAGCAAAGUUUUCUUCUUUGGUCAUUUGAAUUGCUUAUGGGUUAUUUGGACCAUGACCAAUCAAUUGAAGGUUUUAACCAUAGUCCUAGGGCUUAUGGUUCCUAUUGGAUUUUGAAGUACUAACAAAAUUUUUAAGGAGUCCAAAUCAUACUAAAAUAACAAUUUAUACUAUUGUUGGCUUGAUAGCAGAAUAUUAGUGAAUGAUUCAUCAAUGUCUAAAUUACCAUCUCACUAAUUGCUGCUGCCCAUCACAGUGCCUGAAGUAAUGAUGAACUUGUCAAAGCUUCCACCAGUCUGGAGCUAGGAAUGUAAGAACUUUUUAUACUCAGUUCUCCCCUUCAAGUGGUUUUUGUCCCUUCUAUACUCAGCACCUUCCAGUCUAAAAUAAUUUUUCAGCACUCAAUAUUAAAAGCUAAUUUGUUGAAAUUAUUCCUACAUAAUAUGUGCAAUGCAGAUAAUCUUGCAUUACAUGUGUUCCUUUGCUCUUAAUAGAGACAAAUAUUUUAAUUGUUCAAGUAAUUAGUAAUUUAAAAAAUACGUUUCCUUCACAGGUUUUAAAAACAAACAGGUGCAAAGUGGCAUUAUUAUUACUAUCAAGUUGCCAUUUUGGAGAAUUAGAGCCAGACUGCGUCUUAGCUAUUGAAAGUGCGCCAGUGAAGAUGUAGACCUGUGUCAUUUUGCACCACUGCUUCAUAAUUAGGUUUCCUGUAUUUAUUAAUUGGCCUUCAGAAACGCAUUGAUGUAUUGUAACUAUUACCCCAGGAAGUCAGUAUCUGCUGGAUGCUGAACAAGCUCAAUUCUCAGCUCUGAUACACAGGUAAGUGUGGCCUUGUAUUUUGUAAAAUCAACUAAUCCACUUCUUCUCACAUGGUGAUACGCACCUGAGUAUCCAGGACUACAUUUGAGCCAGCCAUCUACAGUUAAAGCACUGACUAUUGGUUUUCUAUAUAAAUUGUAAAGCUCUGAUGUUUGCAAAUAUUAUGAUUCAAAUGUAAUGCUAAAAAACUCAAAAUGCAAACUCAUAAUGGUUAAAUUUGGAAACGGGUUCCUCAUUAUUUUUGGCAGUGUGUUCCCAGCUUUUGAGAGCAGCAGUAUUAUACUGCUUAUGUGCAGAAGGGCCCAUUAUAACACAAAGGAAUAUUGAAUUCCCAGUGCAUUUUAAAUAUUGUCAUUCUUUAAGCCCUAAAACUGCCAUGACCCUUAAACUUGAGAAAAACACAAGCUUGUUUGCACUAAAGAGCAUGGCCAAAAACAAUUCCAGGAGGACAGGGUGAAAAGCAUCAGUCUGAAUUUCUUGAAUUAAUAGGUUCUCAUGAGAGAAUUUUAUAUAGUCAAGCCCUCACCUCUGUUUUAAAGCUGUGUGAUCCAGGCAGAAAUUCUGCCAGUUCUAUAAUUAAAUAAUAAUGCACUUUAUAUUUUGUAAAUAAUAGAAGCACAUUUCUGCUAUUAGUCAUGUAGGAUGUGCUUCAGUAAUAUAUAGUCUAAACCUGUAAGGGAUGGUCUCUUGCAUGCAUGUCUGUCAAAGCUCUGUUGUAAUCACUUGAUCCAGUUACAUCAGUAUGAUAGAAAAGGCAGACACUAUUAAAACUCCUUUCAAAACCAUGAGUCUGAUUUCCCACCCCACCCCAGAGGUGCUCAGUACCCAUAACUCCCAUUUGCUGAAUUUGGAGUUGUUGGUGCACCGCGUCUCUGAAAAGUCAAGCUCCAAACAUUUUGUAACGAAUGUAAAGAUAGGUUCUCUAUUCAUAAUCUUUAUAGAGCCAGGUUCAAUAACUCCAUCUCACUUUGCCUUUCUUCAUGGCUGUCACAGAAGCCCUCAUAAUCCGAGAAAUGUUGGUAUGGAGUAAUGGCGAUUGGGUGGCCUACUGUGGUAUUGAAAUUAGCCAGUUUGUAUUGACUCCAGCCCAAAGUGUGUAAAUUUUCUUUCUUGUUAAAGUACAAAUGUAGUAUGUUGUUGGUUGUAAUAGUGCUAUCAGAGAGUUGGAAAGUGAUCUGCACUAGAAUGGUAAGGAUUACCACCAUGGCACUGUGUAGGAUAUUUCACCAACCAUGACCAAAUAGACUGUCCAGUUUCAUGAAAUUCAGAGAACUUAGCAAACCUAAAAGAAAUUCUUGAUUAAGGACGUUCAGAAGCAACAACAUUUACUCCUGCACCUACGAGAGUGGGGAAUUUAUUUUAAUGUAACAAAACUUGAAAAUUCUGAAUAUAACUGCAUCUCAAAUGCAAAUACACAUUUCAUACAUAGAUCAAUGAUAUGCAUGUACUUUAUCCAGAAAGAAGUUGUUCUUUAAAGUAGGAGCAAUCUACUCUUUAUCAUAAAUGCUUCAUAUGUGUAUUUAAUAUGUAUAAAUCUAAUAUAUGUAUAUUGUAAAUCCACAGUAGCUCAAAGCGAAAUAAUAUAUUUAUCUAAUACAUUUAUCUGUACAAGUUUAAAGAUGGGACUUAAAAAUCAGUCUCUGCCAGGAACACAGUUUGGUUAAAUGUGUUAUUUCACUGAGAGCUCUUACAUAUAUUAUUUAUUACAUCCCUUUUAGGAUUUCUGCAUUUAAAUGUUUUGAUGUAUUAUUUAUUUGGAGUUUGGUGGAGAAAGGGAUGGUAUAGGACUCUCAGUAGAGCUGAAGAAAAAUAUGAGAAAAAAUAAAAUAACUUAUUUCAAGGUGUCUUGUGUGAAAUAAGUAGUCUUAGGUUUACAGGCAGCUUUGUAUGCAGGUUUACUGUAAGCUGCCAUAGUAUUUCAAAUCUGUCUUUAAAUCCCCAAAUGCUCGAAAUCUUUAGGUAGAAUAAAUGUAAAAUUCCAAAUAAGCUGCUAGAAGAGUUUAAAACUGGUUUAUUUGUGUGAAGGCCCAAACAAAAUUACCAAAAACAAUUUUAAUGCACUUUUUUGCUAAAGGUAUAUUAGCCAAACAGCUGCAUCCUUUUUCUUCAGGGGCCUAUUAGAAUGACUUAAACUCUGUGGGGAGGAGAAUUAGAUGAACUUUAGCUCAGUUGAUGGACAACCCUUUUAACCAAAAGUGUAGUAAUUUGUGCAGUGGAAAUGGAUUUAUUUUGUUGUUUCGUUUUACUGUACAGUGUUUUCACAGUGUGGAAAAUGAGUUAGUAAGCAGGCUAUGGUCCCGUUGCAAUGAUACAAAUACAUGUUUUCUGUAAAUAAACUAUAUAUGAAAUCUGCAAAGUAAGUCCUAAAAAUUAAUACAUCUUGCAUUUUAUUUUCUAUAUUUUCUCUUAAAGUGAAAAAUCUCUUAAUCCUUUUGUGUGUCAUGGCUUUUAAAAAUCACCUUGUCUUUCUUAUAUUCUUUUUUAAAAAUUCAGAUUUGGAACAAUUUUCAUUAUUCAAAUGAGAAUGAAAAAGUACACUACAUUUAAAAUGCCUUUCACAAGCAACUUGAGUUAUUCUCUUAGGGAGCAAGUGUAGACGUACCCUAUCUCGAGAUAAGGAUGCAAAUGUAGUGUACCAAA